UAUGCUAGUGAUUCGAUAAGAAAGCCGCUAACUUGAGCACUUUCCUUUCGGGCAUCAGCUCUGUGCUGACCUAUGCACCAUGGCUGCGCACAUUGGUGGAAAUAGCAAUAAAGUGGCUAACAUAAGCACUUCCCCUUCCGGCUUAACCUCUAUAUAAAUCCACGAUUCUCGGUGCCCAAAGUUUCAACCAUAACCCGUUCACCCCGACCCACUUCCCAACCUGCGCGCAUUUCUUCACUCUCUGCUACAUACACAGGAAUCUAUACAUACAAAUUCAAAUAAAUAUAUCUAUAUAUUUAUAUACUUCUCUCUUUCUCUUUCUACAUUCGAAGAGGAAGAGCCGGUGAAGAACAGAGAUGGUGUCGACGAGGCGAAGUGGAUCUCUGCCGUCGAAUAAUAAUAAUAACAACAACAAAAAUAAGAAAUCUUCUCCAGCGGAGUCUUCAUCUCCUAAGCGUCAAAAGGGUGAGAGUAGUAAUUGUAAUGGAAGCAAUUCAAAAGCAUCGGAGAAAUCAACUCCGCCGGCAGAGAAUCCAAAGGAGAACAGCUCCACCGAUCUACCGGAACUUCCGGUUGCAGCUGCCUCCGUCUCCGACGUCACUCCUAUAGUUGCAGAAGGGACCAAGCCGGUUAUAGCCGACAAGAUAAAGAGCUCAACCACUUCCUGUAAACAGCGUCAAGGUCAAGAAACCACCUGGCCUUGGUGUAGGCUUCUCAGUGAAUUCCCAAAGAACCCAAGUGUUUCAGUUUGUACUACCAUUUUCUCGGUGGGGUCGAGUAAACGUGCUAAUCUUUCGAUCCGAGAUCAAACCGUUAGUGCAAUUUUGUGUUUCAUAAGGCUUACUCAGCACGAGGGGAAAGUGGUGGGAGAAAGAGACUGGAUUCAGGACUCAAUUCUGGCAUCUCGAGCCGGGAAGUCUUUGAGAAAAUCAGCAUUUAGAGAAGACAUAAUUGCAGCAAUUCUUGAAGGAGGCAGCCUUGAAGUUUCAUUUGAUAACUUCCCAUACUAUUUGAGCGAGAGCACAAAAAAUGUGCUGAUUGCAGCUUCUUAUGUACACCUGAAGCACAAGGAUCAAGUUAAAUAUGCUUCUGAGCUUUCAAAUCUAAACCCCAGAAUCUUGCUUUCCGGUCCAGCAGGUCUCUUUCCGUUAAGAUAUUUUUCUCAAUAUCACUAA